CCGAGCCCCUGGGAGAUGGGGGGGCUGCGCUGGGAGAUGGAGGGCGGCGGCCACAGCAGAGGCUGCAGGAGGUGACGGCCUGGCUUGCACCCGGAGCCUGUGCAGUCUGGGCGAGAAGGCAGAGCUGGGCUGGCUAUGCGGCUGAGUUUGCUGCUGCUGCUGCUGCUGCUGCUGCCGGGACCCCCGGUCGCCCCCCACAUGGAGGACCCCACCUUUCCCCACCUGGGGGAGAGCUCGCAGCCCCCGCCCCGGGCCUGCCCCUGGCGCUGCUCCUGUCCCCGGGCUGACACGGUGGACUGCGCUGGCCUGGACCUGCGGCUGUUCCCAGACAAUGUCACCAGGGCCGCCCGGUACCUCUCCCUGCAGAACAACCAGCUGCGCGAGCUCCCCUACAAGGAGCUGUCCCGCCUCGGGGGCCUGCGGACCCUCAAUCUGCACAACAACCUCAUCUCCUCGGAGGGCCUGCCGGACGAAGCCUUCGAGGCCCUGACGCGGCUGCAGCACUUCUACGUGGCCCACAACCAGGUGAGCGCCGCCCAGCGCUGGGGGCGGGGGGCGGGGCUGGGGCUCCGGGACCAGCCCCUGUGCCUCGCAGCUCUCAGCGGCCCCCCAGUUCCUGCCCCGCUCCCUCCGCGUCGCCGACCUGGCUGCCAACCAAGUGGCGGAGGUCUUCCCGCUCACCUUCGGGGAGAAGCCUGCACUCAGGUAGCCGGGGCCGCCCACCCAUCUGAGGGGCCGCGGCCCGUCCUGGGGGUCAGGUGGGGUGCGGCUCUGCUGGGGGGCGCGGGCAUGCCUCUGCUUUGGAGAGUCUGGGGCUACCGGGCCGCGGGGACGCCCGGAGCACUCUGGGCGAGGGGGACACUGGCGCCCCCUCCCCAGAUUCACCCUCCAUGGCGCGGCGGGCGGCCUUGGGCUGGGGUGGGGGCCCCAGGCCUCGCAAGGCGGGCUGGUGGCCGGAGCCUGGCUCCCCUCAGGUCCGUGUACCUCCACAACAACCAGCUGAGCAACGGUGGCCUGCCCCCGGAUGCCUUCCGCGGCUCGGACGCCAUCACCACCCUCAGCCUCUCCAGCAACCGGCUCAGCUACCUGCCACCCAGCCUGCCCGCCUCACUAGAGCACCUCCACCUGCAGAACAACCUCAUCUCCAAGGUGCCCCGAGGAGCCCUGAGCCGCCAGGCCCAGCUCCGUGAGCUCUACCUCCAGCACAACCAGCUGACGGACAGUGGCCUGGAUGCCACCACCUUCAGCAAGCUUCGCAGCCUGGAGUACCUGGACCUGUCCCACAACCAGCUGGCCACGGUGCCUGCAGGCCUGCCCCGGACCCUGGCCGUGCUGCACCUGGGCCGCAACCGCAUCCAGCAGGUGGAGGCGGCCCGGCUGCGGGGGGCCAAGGGCCUGCGCUACCUACUGCUGCAGCACAACCAGCUGGGGGCCUCUGGGCUCCCGGCCAGGGCACUGCGGCCACUGCGGGGCCUGCACACGCUGCACCUGUACGGCAACGGGCUGGUCCAGGUGCCCAUGGCACUGCCCCGCCGCCUGCGGGCCCUGGUGAUGCCCCACAACCACGUGGCCGUGCUGGGUGCGCGAGACCUGGCCUCCACGCCUGGCCUGGCGGAGCUCAACCUGGCCUACAACCGCCUGGCCAGUGCCCACGUGCACCGCCGGGCCUUCUGCCGGCUCCGUGCCCUGCGCAGCCUGGACUUGGCUGGCAACCAGCUGACACGGCUGCCCGUGGGCCUGCCCACUGCCCUGCACACCCUGCGGCUCCAGCGCAACCAGCUGCGGGCCCUGGAGCCGGAGCCCCUGGCAGGCCUGGACCAGCUUCGCGAGCUCAGCCUGGCGCACAACAGACUCCGCAUUGGUGACAUCGGGCCCGGCACCUGGCAUGAGCUGCAGGCCCUGCAGGUGCUGGACCUGAGCUACAACGAGCUGUCCUUCGUGCCCCCUGACCUGCCCGAGGCCCUGGAGGAGCUGCACCUGCAGGGGAACCGCAUCAGCUCCGUGGGCCCCGAGGCCUUCCUGGGCACGCCCCGCCUGCGCACCCUCUUCCUCAGGGCCAACAGGCUGCACAUGACAAGCAUCUCGGCCGAGGCCUUCCUGGGCCUCCCACAUCUGCGCGUGGUGGACACGGCGGACAACCCGGAGCAGGUCCUGGUCCAGCUGCCGUCCACGGUACCGCGACGGCCGCGGCCACGGCGGGGGCUGAGUCAAGCGAGACCUAGCUGAGUGGCCUGGCCCCAGGGCCGCCCCAGGCCGAGGACAGAAGGGACGCUGGCCGCCUCUGCCAGGGGCUGGAGCUGCUCAGGCACCGGCCGGCAGGGACCCGAGCACCCGCGGGAGCUUGCUGGCCUCAGCGUCUCGGUGUGCCGACCACCCCACCCCAGAUGGAGGUGGCCACAAUAAAGCCUGAGGUUG